AUACAAAAAGUGACGCAAAAGCGGAAAUGACGAUGCAGGACUGGUAGUUUUGAAAAUUGGUGUGGUUGGUGUGCCUGUUGACAACUUCAUGAAACGAUUCGAUUAAGUCGCUGACGUCUCGGAUCGAACAAUGUCAAAAAUUCCCAGAGAGAUCAAAAAAGGAGCUCAUAGAAAUGAGAUGAAAGAAGCAGCAACUGCAGCUAAUACUCACCAAAAAGAAAACAUAACGCGAAAAAAUGUUGCCCAUAAGGAUUACAAAGGGGUUUCAACAUGGCAUGACAUGCAGGAGCAACUGAAGGAGCAAAAUCAACAGUUGACGGCUGCCAAUGAGCAACUGCAGAAAAACCUGUCAGAGACACAGCAAAGAGUAACUCAUUUGGAGCAACAGUUUUCUGACCUUGGAAAGGAAAAUUCCGUGUUGCAGAAAAACCUCAAGGACUGUCAGAUACUCCUCGUGGCUACAAAAAUAGACCUCGUUUCAGGAGAAGUUUUUGGAGAAGCUGCACGUCAAGAUGAAGAACAAAGAAAAGAAGUAAUGAGCGUCUCCGCAGACGUGCUGAGGGAAUUAAAGGAUUUCAGUGACAUGGCAUCUCAGCAGCGAUCUCGUCUACAGGAAAUCCAGACAACAAUGACAAACCUGAGUGAAGCAAGGCAACAUAUGCUGCAAGAGAGAGAGACUUUUUCCCUGGAAGCUGCCGAAAUGGAAAAAGCUCUAAUGGAGGCAGAGGCUUUAUUAUUGUAAACCUGUAGAAAUGACUCAACUGAAAUGUGUGUGUGUGUAAUGGCUCAUAAUAUGACUUUAAAUAUUGUAAUAUCUUCAGUCUAAAUAAAAACGUUAUUUCUUCCGUU